ACACACACACACACACACACACACACACACACACACACACACACACACGAGGCAAAAGUGAAGUGAAGAUGCUCCUUCCCUUUCGAUCAACUGUCCAGCCCGAUCACAUUUCACCUCCUCCCUCUCUUCCUCCCCCUCCGCCAUUCCGUGCCCUCCCCUGGUUCGCUGGAGGAGUUUGCGCCGCCGGUGCUCGUCCAAUUCGGAGGAGGAGGAGGUGAGAGGAUGCGCCAGAGAUCCGGAGCACCUCCAUCCCGAUAGCGUAUCCGUGGAGGGGCUACGAGCCGGUAUGGGUGCGCUCACGAGAGGGCGAUACAUCUGCUUGACGGGCCUCCUGCUGCUCGUUUACUGCACAGUAUUCGUGAUCUGUAAAGGUGCUCCUGGAGAUCCUCCUCCUGAAGCAGCCUCGGUCCAGGGUACCCUGCCCCACUUCAUCCAGGAGCCAGAGGACGCCUACAUUGUGAAGAGCAAUCCCAUCAAGCUGCGCUGUCGAGCCUUACCUGCCUUACAGAUCUUCUUCAAAUGCAAUGGGGAGUGGGUGCACCAGAAUGAGCACUUUUCCCAGGAGUAUAAAGACCUCAGCACCGGGCUGAAGGUGCGUGAGGUGAUGAUCAACGUGUCCCGUCAGCAGGUGGAGGACUUCCAUGGCCCUGAAGACUUCUGGUGUCUAUGUGUGGCCUGGAGCCACCUGGGCACCUCCAAAAGUCGCAAGGCCACUGUCCGAAUCGCCUACCUGAGGAAAAACUUUGAGCAAGAUCCCCAGGGAAAGGAGGUGCCAAUCAAUGGGAUGAUCGUUCUGCACUGCCGCCCUCCAGAGGGAGUGCCUGUGGCGGAGGUGGAAUGGCUGAAAAACGAAGAACUGUUGAAUCCCUUCGCCGAUGACAACAUAGACACCCGAGCUGACCACAACCUAAUCAUCAACGAGGCCCGACUGUCAGAUUCAGGCAACUACACCUGUCUGGCCAGCAAUGUGGUGGCCAAAAGACGCAGUGCCACAGCUGCUGUGAUCGUCUUCGUGAACGGCGGCUGGUCCCUGUGGACCGAGUGGUCAGCCUGCAACGUGCCAUGUGGGCGGGGUGUGCAGAAGCGCUCUCGAACCUGUACCAACCCGGCGCCUCUCAACGGCGGCGCUUUCUGCGAGGGCAUGUCCGUACAGAAGAUCACCUGCAACGCUCUUUGCCCAGUUAACGGAGGCUGGGAUGAAUGGAGCGAAUGGACUGAAUGCAGCAGCCAGUGCAGGAGGCAGCGGGGUCGAGACUGCAGCUCUCCAGCACCCAGACACAGUGGCAGGAUGUGUGACGGGAACAGUGAAGCCACGGAGAACUGCACAGACGGACUGUGUAUCCAGAGUGUGGACAGCUCCAAUGAUGUCGCUUUGUACUCGGGCCUGGGAGCUGGAAUCAUCGCUGUGGUCAUCCUCGUAGUGGCAGUUAUGCUCUACAGGAAGAACCACAGCGAGUACGGUGUGGAUGUCAUCGACCCCUCUGCACUGGCUGGGGGUUUCCAGUCCUUCAACUUUAAGACAACAGGACAAGGCAACCCACUGCUUCUCAACUCCUCGAUCCAGCCAGACCUGACGGUGGGGCGGACUUACAGCACACCUCUGUGCUUCCAGGACGGCACAGACAAAGAGCUCUUCGACCCUCUGCCCGACAUCAAAAUCAAAGUCCAGAGCUCCUUCAUGGUUUCGCUGGGUUUAACUGAGCGAGCGGCAUUCAACUCCAAAGCCCCCGCCGAGACCUUCCCACGGGACCUGAGUCGAGACUACUGCAGCACUGCUGACAAACACAAGAGGAGCUUGCUGACCCUCAACGGGCCCAUCAGCACAGGCAGAAAAGAGGUCAGGACCGCCGGCCAGUAUGGCCAUCUGGGAGGACGACUGGUGGUGCCAAACACAGGGGUCAGCCUGCUGGUGCCUCAUGGAGCAGUGGCUGAAAACACGUCCAUGGAGAUGUACAUGGAGAUCAAUCAGGGAGAGGCGAGUGUCCAAACAGAUGAAGACUGUGAAAUCCUCCUGGGCCCAGAGGUGACGUACGGUCCCCCUGAUCUGGACCUCUACUGCCCUGUGGCUAUCACCAUCGCUCACUGUGCCGAGGUGGAUGGGGAGAACUGGAACAUCCAGCUCAAGAGACAAACCCAGGACAGCAAAUGGGAGGAUGUGAUGUCAGUCGAGGAGGAGUCCACUUCCUGUUACUGCCAGAUGGACUCCAAGAGUUGCCAUCUGCUUUUGAAGCAGCCGGGCUCGUACGCCCUGGUGGGCGAGCCCCUGACGCAGGCUGCCGUCAAGAGGCUGAAGGUGGCUGUGUUUGGGAGUAUGGAGACGGGCUCCUACAUCUACAGCCUGCGAGUGUACUGUGUGGACGACACGCCACACGCCUUUCAGGGAGUGGUGGUGGCAGAGAAGACCAGAGGGGGCCAGCUCCUUGAGGAGCCAAAGAUGUUGCCUUUCAAAGCGAACACCUUCAGCCUCCAGGUUUCCAUUCAGGAUGUUCCCCAGUUCCUGUGGAGCAUAAAACCCUUUACCACAUGUCAGGAGUUCUCCUUCCCCCAAGUGUGGUGCAGCAACCAGCAGCCCCUGCACUGUGCCUUCUCUCUGGAGAGAUACAGCCCUGCCACAGCCCAGCUCUCCUGCAAAAUCAGCGUGCGCCAGGUAAAAGGCCAAGAGCAGAUUCUGCAGGUCUACACGGCUGUGGCUGAGACUGAAAAGGAGUCAGUUCCUUUUCUUCUUCAGCAAAAAGACUGCACCGUCACGUCCGAGACUGGGCCCACGGCCUUCAAAAUCCCCCUGUCCAUCCGCCAGAAGAUUUGUGCCACCUUCGACACUGCCAAAGCCAAGGGCAAGGACUGGCAACUCUUAGCCCAGAAACUCAACUUAAACCGAAACUUGGGUUAUUUUGCAAAGCAGCAGAGUCCAUCAGCGGUCAUACUGAGCCUGUGGGAGGCUCGCAACCAGGACACUGCUGACCUCGACUCUCUAGCCAGCGCCCUGGAGGAGAUUGGUAAAAUCCACUCCAAAAGCUCUCCCAAGGACCACGAUGAGUCGGACUCUGACUUCAGUCACAUAGAGGAAAGCAGUCUGUGUAGGACGGACAGGCGGACAAAUCACGAUGCAGAGGACUCUCUCCCUGAAUAUGUAGGCUGAGAGAGAAAAAAGAGCCAGCCAGGGAAAGCUGACAAACUAAUGCAUAUAUAUCUGUGUUAAUACACAGAGCAUUAUGGACAACACACUGUGUCAUCGCAGCAGGAGGGUCAUGAUGUUAUCUGUGAGUAGACGGCGAGCAGUCUCCGUGCUUACCAAUCAACGUUGGUAAAAGGUGAAGCCGUACCUGCUGUGGAUCUACCCCAAUCUUUCAGAGUUGGUCUAGAGAGUGACUGUAUUGGAGGGUUUUUCUUAAAAAAGUGUUUUAAUUAAUUUGCUUUUCAUUUUAAGUUAAAACUGCUCCCAUGUGUAUUCACGUCACAUGUCAAAGCUGGGACCGAGGGGGGGGCGUGAAGGAGGGGAUCAGUUCUGGUAUUAUCGUCAAUUAUUUCCUGAAUUUGUGUUGAAGAGACGGGAGGUUAAUUUCUUCCCUGAGAGGUUCCUGCUCUCUCCCAUACUGCUCCUGGUGGUCCACGUGUCAGCUGGACAUAUUUGCAUGGAGAUUCUUGCUAUGCAAAUAUGGUAAUAUGCAUGUGGGGCCAUUUAGGAGACACCUGGUGUCAUUUAUUUCACCUCCACACACACUCAAGAAUAUUCCUGUAUCACUGAAUGAAAGAGGACUGAGAGGCUUCUUUAUGACAUCCAGUUUUUUUUUCUAGGAAGCCACUAAUUGGUGAAGUCCUAGUUUCCUGAAAUUCACCCAUUUUAAUUGUUCAAAAAAAUUAAAAAAUGUUCCCCGUAGAAAGUUUGGCCUUUCUAAAAAAACCUACAACGUUACCUUUAGUGUGAUCUUUAAACGCAGACAGUCAGACCGUUUCUGUCUCUAUCACUGCUGUGACAAAGUGUGAAUUUCGAGCGGUUGAGGUAAAGUUCAUGACGGCUUUUCGCCCACAAAAAGUGAUAGAGAGGAAGCUGUCAUCAUUUCUUGGCACAUCGCUGAGUCUUAUCACCGAAUACCCUCCAUUAACACCCAUCACGUAGACCUCAUAUCAGACCCUAACACACCCAACUGCCCCCAAGACAGCCUCCCACUCAUUACCAACCCACACAUGCCGACACAUGCUCUGAAUUUUCAUGGCUACAGAGGUCACACACAGACAAGACAUCUGAAAUACACUUUUAAAAAGCAUCACAACCUCUGCUUAAUCACACACAAAUAAUCAUAAUGAAGCACGUUCUGGGCAUGUGAGGCUUGAAAGUAAAAUAGUUAAAUAUAUUAGUUGUACUUCAGUAUCUGAUAAAUUAAGUAUAUAAAGUAUCUCUUGAAUCGUCAUAACAGAAAAAGUCUCCAUGAUGAACACAAACUGGUAUCCUCUAAGAACACCAAUAAACCUCCCUGUGUCCUCAAUCCACUCCACACUCGUAAACUAAACACUUUUCAGUUAGCUUCUUAAUCAUUUAUUGGAAACACCCAAAUUCGUUGCUACUUCUUGGUCUUGUAGCCAGGCCCACAUGCAGAAAUGGCUUGGCCCCUUAAAGGCCCACUGAAUGCGACCCUCCCAGAAAAUUGAUUUAAUUGUUUCAACGUAUGCGCAUUCGAUCAGUCGUGUUAGCGCUAG